UAUUUUAAAUAUAUAUGUUAUAUCUCUAAUAAAAAUUAUGGGCAUAAAGAUAAUUUAUAGUUUUAGUUUUAUAUUUUCAUAUUUCUGUUCUCUAUAUUUUAAUUUUAUUAAAUUUUAAAUUUUAUACAAAAAGACAAAAACAUGAUUUUAUAUUUAUUUAUUUAUGACAAUGUGUUUUUUAAAUGGAAUCAUGAUUCAAAACGGAAUCGUUACCAAGUUUAAUAUCUCAAUUAAUUAUUUUGGUAACAAAAGAUAUCUCCAAAUGAGCAGAAUUUUAUGUAAUUUUCUCAAAUUAUGAUUGUCUUAUCCUCAAAGCCAUCAAGAAUUGUACUACAAUGCCAUGGGAAGAUACAUAGUGUAGAUGUGGUCAAAUGUUUUGGUUUUGUUUGCAGUAAAUUAUUGUCAUAGAAUCAUCGGUUCUCAAUGCAUUGGUGGGAGUGAAAGAUAAUAUACAUUUCAUUGACAGACAUAGUGACUUCCUUGAUUACAUACUUAGAGUGAUUGUGUGAUAACCUAUUUAGUAACAGAUACCAACAAAACCAAACUGAAGCUUAAUCAUUUGAAGAUCAAGGAUUUUAUGACAAUAAUUUCUUUUCAAUUCCCAAUUUAUGAUCUUUUUUAGUUUUCUUCAUGUUAAUUGGGUAUUGAGUUUGUGCAGCAAGUAUUAAAUAUCUAAGAUGUAUCUUUUGUUUUUUUACAAUCUUUAAAACUAUCGUAACAGUAAGAAACUGUAAUUUACUUUAUAUUAAAACUUUGGUUAGUGGUGUUAUGAUUUUUCUUUGUGUUUAUAUCUGAAACUAAACUGAAUAAACGAUAGAUAUCGAUAGACCCCUGAAUCAUGUUUGACUUUGGAAAGAAAGACCGCAAUCAGUAAGCAUGUGUUUUUUCACUGGUGCAAAAGUGUUUAAACGAAACAAUAUCUUAACAUACAAACCUUAUAUCAACACUCAGCAGCUCUCCUCUUUUUUAACAUUCCGAGUUUACCAGAGAAAAAAAUAUUAUAAGAAAGUGCAUAAAAUAUGUUACAUCUCACACAUUUUCUGCUCAUACGUGUGGGAGUGACAGCUUGUUUCUCAAUGACCAAGACCAUGCUCCACAACCUGAAAUAAAGACCGAUAUAAGAAGAAUGAGUAUAUCCAACAUACUGAACUGCUAUGGUGACCCAAACAAGGUAUUUUAAAGAUUAACUUAAGAAUGUUAAUUGGUAGUCGCAUAUAUCUCAAAUCCGUAGUCAACUAAACAUGUGGAUCUCUAACUCGAUACAUAGUGUACGAAAAUAGUGAAGUAGUGAGGAAAGUAGAAAGGAUAAAUAAGUCAUGGAAUGUUAAGAUAAAAUUCUAUUAUUAACCUCUGACAAUACAAAGGCAUAUAUGCAUAUGGCCGGGGGGACUGAACAUACUGAAGUCUUAGCUACAAAAAAAAAGUAGUUAAAAUAGAGUAACCUCUGAUUACUAAAUUAUUAUGCUCUAAUAUUAUAUCAAAUUAUUUACUGAUUCAGCUAUACACCAACUUGGUUGCCAACACUACAUCAAUUUGCAGUGACUUUUAAAUGAAUUCAUUUCAUAUCAUGUUAAAGAGUUUUGAGUAAAGGUGAAAUGAAGAUGAAGCUUUGUUUUACUGAAAUUCAUAACACUCAUUCUUAGGUUUCAACAAUCACAAAUAGAUGAAAUUUAUAGAACACAAUUGAAACCUAGUGUUAUAGACUGAUAGAGAGAUCCUAGUUCUUCAAUGAAUCAAGGGCUGAGAGCUUGUUGCACAGCUUCACUCCAUUAACACCUCUCCAUCCUUGCUGCAUCAGUCCUUUUCUUUUUUCUUUGACCUCAGCUUUUGAAUAUGACCGUUGUGCGGAUGAAACACAAGCGAGUGGGCUCUCUUCUCAUUUGGAGUUCGGUUUCUCUUGGCCGCUUUUCCUUUCUGGUCCAUUGCCAAAACUGCAUUGUUUUGAUCACUCUGGUUAAUACAUGUGUUGGUAAGCACAUAAAUUACCGUUUCUAACAUAUUAAUAUACAGAUUAUAACCUAGAACCUAUGUUCAAGUUAAAACAUGGUGAUCAAUUAUAGAUGACAUAGAAGUGUAUUAUAGGUGUAUUGUAAGCCAUUUCUAUGACCUGAAAGUAGUUCAAUGGCUUGAAUUUUGAUUGAACAUCUUUUGUUUCAGUUAUAUGUAACUUAUUGUUUUCUUUUUUUUAACAUUGUUUUAUUGAAACUGAUUUAAAACAUUUUACAUCAUAGAAGAAUAUGGCAAAUAAUGAGAAACUAAUGGACUUUCCACACCGAAAAAUAAAAACAUGAUUUAUCACACAUUAGAAAUACCAAACUAGUCUUGUUUCGAAAGUAAGGUGAAUUAGGUGUUCUCGUUCCUGAAAUAGCAGAUGGACUUCUGAUACUUUCAAUGAAAUCACGACAAUAAUUAUCAUAGUUUUGAUACGUCUUCUUCUUCAGUUACCUUAAUCAAUUUUGUCUGAAGUUAACUUCAGUUAAGCUAUCGUUGAACAAGCUUGAACUACAAAGUACAAAUCAGGUAGAUAGUUGGGAUUGACAAUUCACGUCCCAAAACCGACACGAAAAAAAAAUACCACACAAAAGAGACAAUAGAACCAUAAGCAGAUCCAAAACGAAGAAAAAUCCGUUUCUCGAAGAAGGUUUCACCCUAAUAUCGAGAGAAACUAAUAUCUCUCACCUCAAAAACACCGCAAAAAGAUGAAAAAUUAAUAGAAACAUAGGUAUCCAACUAUGGCAAUAGAAGUUAGAGAAGAGACACCGAAACAAAGUUCUCAGUGUUUUUACAUGCAUCCGCUCUUUUGGACCUCUCACCAGCAAGCAGAUUAUAUCCGUGACGAGGACCAAGGCAAACAAAUAAUUAAAAGAUAAAGGUGAGAAGCCGGUACCGGUGCUAGAAAAACCACCGACCGGCCUCAGAUCUAGAUUUGUCAAAAGACGGCUGCUACUUAUGGUUUUCUGUUCACUGUUUGCUACCACAUUGAUUUGAGAUAAUCCUAUAUACAAUAAUAAGUUAUGGACACUUCUAACAAUAAUUUAUGGUUGGAUACUCUCUCUUAUUUCUGCAUCUUUUUGCGGUGCUUUUGUGGUGACUGGUGAGAGAUAUCAAUUUCUCUCGAUAUUGAGGUGGAACCUUUUUCCAGAAACGGAUCUUGCUUUGUUUUGGAUCUGAUUAUGGUUUUAUUGUCCCUUUUGUGUGUUUGUCUUUUUGUCGUAUUGGUUUGUGGACGUGAAUUCUCAAUCCUGACUAUCUAUAUGAAUUGUAAUUUGUAGCUCAAGCUUGUUCAACGGUAUCUUAAUUGAAGCUAACUCGGGACAAAAUUGAUCAACGCAACUGAAGAAGAAGACGUACCAAAACUAUGAGAAUUAUUGUCGUGAUUUCGUUGAAGGUAUCAUAAGUCCGUAUGCUAUUUGCUAGAACGGAAACAUCUAAUUCACCUUACUUUCAAAACAAGACAAGUUUGGUAUUGCUAAUGCGUCAUCAAUCAUGUUUAUCUUUUCUAUUUUCCGGUGUGGAAAGACCAUUAGUUUCUCAUUAUUUAUCAUAUUCUUCGAUGUAAUAUGUUCCAAAUCUAUAUUAUAAUGGGAUAAUUUCCUCACUACUGAGGCUGUCCACAUGGGCAGAUUGUGGACCUCACAUUUAAUAUAUUUUUUUCCAACCGAGUGGGCUUUGAAAUGUGAUCUAUGCUCAUUUGUUUGGUGGGAUUCGGACAAAUCAGCCCAUAAGCAUCAUAUGAACGAUCUCCAGCAGGUACAUUUACUUUUGAUGGGUUCCACUUAAACAGUAGUUAUUUCAUCUGCCAAUGUUCCCGCUUUUGUUCGUAAUUUAAAUGUGGGCUUAUUUCAUUAUAUUAUUUGUGGGAUGAUUUAUCUCGAAGCCCAUAUGUCAAGCCUUCUUAUUAAAUAAGGUUUUGUUUUGUAUCCCAAAGAAAGCUAAACUUUGCGUUUAAAGUUAAAGUUGAUUAGGUCGGAAGUCGUCUUCUUCUUCGAGGAUUCAACAUCACUGUCUCAUCCGUUGUUCUUAAAAAAAAAUCCUUCCUCUCAUCUUUCUACUUCUCCCUAUCUCUUCAUCUCUGUCUCUUGCUUACCCUUUGUUCAACGUUUCUCUCUUAACAUAUACAAUGAAUCUUCAGUUUUCAUUAAAGCUAUUCAUUCCCAUAAACUCUCUGUCUCCCUUUCUUUACAAUUGAAGCUUCAUAUCAAAACCGAAGAAACACCUCAAACCCUAUAAAUAGGAGAGGAAUGAGAAUGGAAUCAAGCUACACCAACAAGCUCUCUUAUUUAUCUUCUCGCCAAAACCUAGAAGCCUCCUUCGAAAAUAUCUUGUAUGUCUUCCUCUGAUGUUGUUGCUCAAUCAGCCAUCCCCACUCAACCUUUAAAGCUCUCCGACUUGGUAGAACUUCUCAAUUCAAUGUUUGUUGCCUCCUCGGCUUUUGGGAUUCCCUUAACAUCAAGAAAUCGGUGUAUUUAUGAGAAUCAUCCUCCUUUUCCUAGAUGAAAAGGUAUAGUCAUCUUCACUCUAUCACGCAUGAUAUCUUCCAUCUCUGUCUUUUCUAUUUUUUAAAAGAAGUUUGAGUUAACUCAUCUGACUGCCUACUCAGAAUUCAGUGAUUCAUGGAUUCAAUCACUACCGCCCAUAUUUACGUGACGGUUCGAUCGUCAAAGUUGAUAGGUUCUCCAUGAAUCUAUAAGGCUCAUGGUGAACAUGAAAGUGUCAAAGAUCUGAAGGCCAUGGAAGCUCGAUAUCUCUCGUAUCGUCUUGGCUUUGUUGAAAACCAGUGCAUGUUUUCCAACUAUAGUGAUUGUCAACUCAAAACUUAAAGUUAUGUCUCGACCCAAUCUCAGUGUUUCUUUUUAAAAAUUUCGGAUUGCUGAUGGUAGCAGGAACUUCUGAGAUGAGGAACUGCCAAAAUGAUUCUCAUUAACAUGAUCAGCAUCAGUUUAUAGUGAGGCUUAGAUCAAAUUACCUUUAGGAAAGAAGAUGAUUAUUAUUCUGCAGUGUCUCAAUUUUGUUCUCUUAUGUGAAUUCUCAGGCUCUUACCCCACUAUUAAAACUUUCAGAAACAAAUGUUAUGAAAGAAGGACAAAACUCAUUAUAAGCAACCAAAUACCACAAAUGCACCACAUUUGAAACAAAACAAAUGAUGAUAAAUGAAAAUACCAAACGAAGAGAAGAUGACAUGUAAUAUAUUCACGGAGAGCAUAAUCAUUAUGUAUGUGAAAAAAUAUCACAUCAAAUAAAUCAUACCAUGUAAACUACUCUGCUAACACAAUAAAUACAUAACAUCAACUGCAAGAAAAGUAGCAUAGUACAUUAGGAUACCACAAUCCUAUUACAAUACAAAUUUUAAAAAAUUAAUGACCAUACAAAAUACAAACUUCACAAAAAAGCAUCACAUAGAUACAUUAAGAUAGAGCAACAACAACGUUCACGACUCCGCGCUUAUACGGAGUUUUGCCCUUAGUCAGUUUUAAUAACAGUGUAAAAAAGACAAUAUUAACUCAUUCGAGUUAAAUCACUUGAGAAUAAAUAAGCAUAUUCAAAUUAUUUAUAUGCACGAUGGUAUGCACCUAUGGGACUAUGUCAACAAAAUAAUUCCUAGCAAAAAGUUAGAAAGAAGUUCCUUAUUAAUGCCAAAACCGAUGUUUUUGAAUAAAUAUCAACCGUUCCAUGUCAAAUUUGACCGUUGACUUUGUAGAUAUAAGUAUUACCCGCCAUCCAACCGACCAGUCCCACGUGGCAAUCUUUUCCUCCACCCGCAACCAAACCGAACCUAACCACCAAACCAAUCGCCGUCCAAUCUCUCUCUCUCUCUCUCUCUCUCUUUAUAGAGAGAAGGAAAAAUUCAUUUCUGUUCUUCAUUUUCUCUUCUUAUUCCGGUUGCUGAAUCCGAAUCCGACCCAAUUUUCAAGAGGAAGGUAAUCGUUAAACGAUGCCGUAUUGCGAGGUUGUGAAAGAACACGUCGACGUAGAAACGACGCUUAACAAUGCCGGCGUCAAGAUCUUCUACAGAACCUACGGUCAUGGUCCUUCCAAAGCUCUUCUCAUCAUAGGUUUAGCCGGAACCCAUGAAUCGUGGGGACCUCAAAUCAAGGGCUUGACGGGAACGGAUCAACCCAACGACGACGACAGAAUCGUUUCCGAUGAUUCAGGAACCGCCCAAGGCAUGGAGGUCUGCGCCUUCGAUAAUCGUGGUAUGGGUCGUAGCUCCGUUCCCACCCACAAAUCUGACUACACAACAACUAUAAUGGCCAAGGAUUCGAUUAGUUUGUUGGAUCAUUUAGGAUGGGAGAAGGCUCACGUGAUUGGCCACUCUAUGGGAGCUAUGAUAGCUUGCAAGUUAGCUGCAAUGAUUCCUGAACGGAUUCUCUCUCUUGCGUUGCUUAACGUUACAGGUGGAGGUUUCGAGUGUUUCCCCAAGCUUGACCGGCUAACUCUUUCCAUUGCGAUACGUUUCUGGAUGGCAAAGACCCCUCAACAAAGAGCUAAAGUUGAUUUGGAUACACAUUAUUCACAGGAUUACCUAAAAGAACGCAUAGGCACCAACACAAGGAGGGAUGUCUUAUAUGAGCAAUAUGUAAAAGGAAUAUCAGAAACUGGAAUGCAGUCAAAGGACGGGCUUGACGGCCAACUUAACGCUUGUUGGUUACACAAGAUCACAACACCAGAGACUGAACGUAUCCGCUCUGCUGGAUUUCUUGUCUCUGCCAUUCAUGGAAGACAUGAUGUCAUUGCUCAGAUAUGUCACGCGAGAAGACUGGCACAGAGGCUAUACCCUGUUGCUAGAAUGGUUGAUCUUCAUGGAGGCCAUCUUGUAAGCCACGAGAGAACAGAGGAGGUUAAUAAAUCUCUUCUUGAGUUAAUCAAAGCGUCAGGAGUGAAGAAAACAGCAACUGAUUGGACUAACCUCACCAUGGAAGAUCCCGGUUAUUUCCAGAGGAGAAUAUCACUUAUUAGAAGCUCAUCAGAAGGCAAGAGUACCGCUUCUCCUUCACAUUUCAUAGUGGAAAAGUUUCAUCGCUGUCUACUUUUCCUCUUCGGGCUUCUGGUGUUGGUUUAUGAGUAUGCAAGAAGAGCUAUGAGGGUGGUGAAACCCAUCAAAGUUGGUCCUUCUCUUACAUAACCAACAAACCUCUCACACUUCAAUUCGUACACCGCUUUGAACAGUUUUGGUUAUGCAGUGCUUCAAUGAUCAAGCUGAAGAAACGUACGGACGCUAGAGUAGGAGAUGCUGCUUUUACAAGGAAGAGAGAUUAAUACAAAACUGUUGAUAUGUACUUGUGUAGAGAGACACACAUUUUGUUAUAUUCUAUUUACCUCGGAUCGAAAUGUACUAUUGUAAAGACAAGACUUAACCUCAAUUGAGACUUUAAAACGUUUUCUGUGUA